AGUAAAUAGAGGGCGAGUACAUAGCGUGUCGGGGCCGAAGAGCGAACAAGACCAAGCCAGACGUCUCAUUCGAAAGAAAGCCGUUGAACAGAUUGGACGUGCGCUCGGUCGUACCAAUUUUUUAUCGCUAACCAAACAGAGUGAACCGACCACUAUCGCUGGCGCGACUCUCGGACCAAGUGGAGUGAAACACAUGUGCCCUUGGAUGAAGUUUUAAAAAAAAAAAAAUAAAUUAAAUAAAAAUAAAAAUAAAAAUAGAGUGCAACAGUGUAUAACUACAUCCAAUGCAAUUAGUUUUCUGUGUCUCGAUUCUCGUGUGACAAAUGCAACUAAAACAACAACAACAACUAGCAGCAGCAGCAACAACAACAGCAAUAGCAGUCGGCUGCCUUAUGUACGACGCGUGUGAGUGUGUGUGCGAGCAGAAAACAUAGAGCAAAGCAUAAUACACAAUAAAGGGGCUCCGAAAGAGGAGCAACCGAAAGUGCCAGCGCGUGUUUGUGUUUAUGUGAGAGAGUUUGGAGAUUCGAAAGAUAUACAUAUAUAGUGCAAAGAGUUUCAAAACCGACAAAAAGCAAUGCUGAGUUAGCAUUUCAACACAAAACUGGAUUAUUUACACAGCCAUCACACUUGGAUUAUUUCUGCCAUUGGAUUAAACAGAUACAUAGAUAUAGUUAUAUAUAUAUAGUACCCACCGCGAUGCCAAUUAACUGGCUGGAAUAGCGGUGUGAGAAUAUUAAACUCGGAAAGGAGGAUUGUGCGAAAAACUACUACCAUGAUGACACCAGAGACGAAAGCAGUAACGCCGCAGUCGAAAACAACAAUAAUACCGCCUGGAAUAGCAACAGCAACAGCAGCAACAACAACAACUAUGGCACAUCAGCUGGCUAAAACAACAACAACAAUAGCUACAACAACAAAUGGCAACUCAAAGGCGGCCAAAAGCAUUGUAAGCAAUGCAAAUAGCAACAGUGCCACUAGUGGCAGUGCCAGUGGCAACAACAAUAAUGGCAAAAAGUUGCCUUUGUCUCACAAGCCAACUUCUGCAACACAAGCAGCAACACUAACAACAACAACAACAACAACUAAUGUUGCUAAUAAAAUGCAACAACAACAACAACAACAAAAACAACAAAUUUUCACAGCCAGCGGCGGCAUUAAAGUAAAAAGUGAAAACACAUUAGCUGCAACACUCGUCGUAGCUGGAAGCAAAAACAUUGCAACAAAGCAAGUCCUAUUGGAGAAUGGCAUUAAGAAGGAAUCAACGCCACCGGCAGAGGCCUCCUGUUCCUCCUCCUCCUCAUCAUCCUCAUCCUCUUCAUCAUCGUCCUCCUCCUGGUCUCUAACACGGAGAGCUGCCUCCGAGGAGGCUAGCAGCAAUGGUGGCGCCUCCGCCGAUGAGGAGAGGGGCGAAGAUGAGGCACAAACGGCGACAACGACUUCCGAUUUGGCCACAACUUCAAGGCCACGCCCCGUUCUGCUGACGGCCGUUAAUCCGCACAUCAUUUGUCACCUGUGCACCGGCUACCUGGUGGAUGCCACGACCAUAGUGGAGUGUCUGCACUCCUUCUGCCACAGUUGCCUCAUUAAUCACCUGCGAAAGGAGCGAUUCUGUCCGCGUUGCAAGAUGGUCAUCAACAGCGCCAAGCCGAACAUCAAAUCGGACACCACGCUCCAAGCGAUUGUCUACAAGCUCGUGCCGGGUCUUUACGAACGGGAGCUGAUGCGAAAGCGGGCCUUCUACAAGGAUCGUCCACAGGAGGCGGCCCUGGCCACGCCCGAGCAGAGGGGCGAUGAUACGGAGCAUCUAAUCUUUAGUCCCUCGGACGAUAUGUCAUUGUCCUUGGAAUAUGCGGAACUAGGGGAACUGAAAUCUGACUCCGAUUCGGAGAACGAAAUGGUGGACACUCUGCGUCCCAGAUACCUCCAGUGUCCGGCCAAGUUCCGGGUGAGCCACCUGAAGAAGUUCGUCUACGACAAGUUCGAGAUAGACGCCCAGCGCUUCAGCAUCGACAUCAUGUACAAGGUGAAGACGAUCGUUCUGCUGGACUACUACACCCUAAUGGACAUCGCCUAUAUCUACACGUGGAAGCGGGACGCACCCAUGCGUUUCUACUAUCGUGUUUAUGAAUGCCCCCAGCCGCAGGUGAAGCCGCCGCUGCCGCCGCCACCACGAAGGGUGUUGCCACUGAAAGUGGAACAGUCCGAGCAGGUAGCCGAGCAGGUCCCAGCCAAGGUGGAAGUGCCGGCAAUCGAGGCGGCCAUCAAGAAGGAGUCAUGCAACGUGGAAACAGUGCAGCCACCGAAACUAUCGCCACUCGGGGCGGAGCCCCUCAAGUUAGUCAUCAAUCGCAAUCUCCUGGAGAAGCGUGAGAAGAGCCACUCCCCCCAGUCCAGCUCCAAGUCAAAGAGCUCUCCACCAGCUCCUGCCUCGCCAGCUGGCGCUCCUGCCAGUCCGGCGGUCUCCUCUUCGCCCUCCGAGCCCAACAUCAAGCUCAAGAUCGAUCUGUCCAAGCAGAAUAGCGUGACCAUCAUCAAUAUGUCUGAUCCGGAUCGGAAGGAGAUUGUUAAGCCCCUUAAGCCGGAGAAGGAGUCGCGCUCCAAGAACAAAGACAAGAACAAAGAAAAGGAUAAGGACAAGGACAAGGACAAGGACAGUAGCAGCAGUGGAAGUCCCAAGUCCUCACCCUCCUCCAGUGGAGAGCGCAAGCGAAAGAGUCCCAGUCCACUGACCGUACCACCCCUGACCAUUCGCACGGAACGCAUCCUGAGUCCCAACGGAGUCAGCACUUUGAGUCCGCGCAUUACCAGCGGUGGUCUGGAGGAUCCCAAGUCCGAGUUCCUCAAGUCCUUCGCCCUCACUCCCAUCAAAGUCAAGGUGGAGUCUGGGGAGAAGGGCCUGGAAACUUCACCGCCAUCGAAGUCAAAGGGCAGUCUGGAGGACAGUCUGCUGAUGAAGCCGCCCAGUUGCAUGCCACCCAAGUCGAUUGCCUCCUCGAAGCGCAAGAACAAGGAGCCCAUGAAGGCGCGCUGCAAGAAGGCCAAACUGUCGCCUCCCCUGCCCCGCGUGGACUUUAAGAUUCGCCUACCGGGAACUAGUGCCACUUUCAACGCAUCCGAGAGUUCCUCAACUGCCUCCGCUUCCUCCAAACUGGAUAAGCCACUGAUGCCGCCACCGGCAAAGCCGCCAAUUCUGGCUCCCCGCAAGCUCCAGGCACCUGCUCCGUUCGUUCCGCCACCCUCGCCGAUGCACCAGCACUCCGGGAUGCAGAUUGCGGCGCCCGGCAACCGGACACCCAUCGCCAAGCGCUACCAGCCCAUUCUGCCCAAGGCCUCGCGUCCCAAUCCCUUCGCCAGCAUCCCCAGCGACGUGAAUCUCAUGCUGCCGUUGGGCACGGAAAUCAAGUCGAUUGGAAGCCACAACUCCAACGGCAACAACUCCUCCGCCAAGUCGCAUGUCUAUGGGCCCAAGGGAGGCGACUCCAAGAUGGGACCACCGCCACCGCCGCCCACAUCCAAUGCCUCCAGUCCAUCGCAGAAUAACCGGGCCGUGGGCAAGUCCAUGCCGGCACCCGGGAAUAAGAGCUCCAACAGCUCCAACAACUAUCUCAACCUGGCCCUGUUCAACGCCAGCAAGUCCAAGGGCAAGGAGGCGCCGCCCGGCUGCCGCACACCCAUGUACACCCCGAACUCCCCCAGCUACUCGCCCAGCUCGCCGCAGUACGUGCCCAGCUACAACAUUCCCACGAUGCCCACCUACAAGUACACCCCCAAACCGGCGGCGAAUCCGGGAUCGAAUUCCGGUGGAACCGGUGGUAUCCUGCAGAAUAUGCUAGGCGUGGGUGGUGGCUCGAUGGCGGGUCUGUUCCCAUCGCCACCCACCAAGUCGGACCAGAACUCCAAUGCCGGGUCAUCCACUCCCAUGCAGGGAGGAGGAGGAGGAGGAGGAAACUCCGGACCGACCAAUCCUCCCACCAAAUCCGACCAGAACACCAAUCCCAUGUCAUCAAUGGCCAUGCCGGGAGGAGGUGGAAACUCUGGCCCCGUCAAUGGUAAUCCCUUCCAGCGCAGCGCAAGUCCCAGUGAAGACGCUCCGGAGAAGCAGCAGGUGAAGGUCAAGUCGCUCCUGAACUCCUGCAACAUCAACAUACCCUCCUCGCUGUCCAUCACCAUCUCCCGGGACAACGGAGAUCCCUCCUCGCCCGGCAACGGCCAGCAUCCGAAGCACAAGACUCCGGUGAACAACUACAUCGAGAUUGUGAAGCUGCCGGACCAGACCCCGGAACAGGUGCAGGCCGGCAAGGAGGCCCAGAAGCGCCAGUCGCCACCAGCGCCCGUCAAGCUGCCAACUCCGCCGCCCUCCAAGGCGGCCAUCCCCUCGCCCCAGCACCUGAUGUCGCGGAUGACGCCGCCGCAGCUGCCCCAGGUGCCCACCCCGCCGCCGCCCACCUCCUCGUCGCCGGUGAACAGUGUGCCCCGGGUGAUAACCCCGCCGAAGACCUCGCCCCCGACCAAGGCGGCGCCCGCCCCGCCCGCCAAGCCAGUGCUCACGCCCACGCAGGCAGACAAGAAGACCCCCAGUCCGGAGAAGCGCAACUCGGCCCAGAUGGGCAGCCACUCGCCCACCUCCAGCGAGAACAAGUCGCCCAAGAACGGAUCGGUAGAGGGAGCCACUGCCACCCAGAACGGAGAACCCGCGGCCAAGAAGUUCCGGCCCAUCCUGCCGCGUCAGAACGCCCUGCCCGAGCUGGCCCCCAAGCUGGCGCCCGCCCAGAACGCGCCUGCCCUGAACCAGCCACAACUGCAGGCGGCCAUGAAGAAGGUGGCGCCCAGCAAGAAGUCACCGACUGGCCAGCAGAAGAUGACCAACGGCGGUCCACAGACUGUGCCCCAGAAGCCCAGUCCGCCGCAGAAGAACCAGCCGCUGCUCCAUCCUCAGGGCAAGAAGCCGGCCAAGAAUCGCACGCCACCACCAGUGGCGCCCAAUCUGCCCGCUCUGGCCAAGAAGAUGUCCGACCUGCCGCCCGUCAAUGCUCCGCUGAGCAUCGCCUCCAGUGCCGGACAAAUGGCUCUGACCAAGGAGAAUCUGAUGCGGGCCCAGGCCGCCCAAGUCGUUCAGGCUGCCCAGGCCGCCCAAGCGGCCCAAGCUGCCCAGGCGGCUGCUGCCCAGGUGGCCAAUCAGUCCAACUUGAUGUACAGCUACAUGUACAGCUACCAGCAUGCCUACCUCAUGGAGCAGCUAUCGCGGAUGCAGAGAUCCGGCAGCGACAUCAACGACUACCUCCAGAAGAUGCAGGCCGGAGCUGUUGUGGCACCCCUGCCCGGAGAUGGGGAUGCGAAAAAGGCCAUGCCCAUGCUGCCGACUGUAACGCUACCCAGUCCGGGUGCCACUCCGGCGGCAGCAAGUCCAAAGACCUCGCCCCUUCCAGCCGGAAAACUGACGGCCGGGGCCACGGCGCCAAAGACCAAAGGUAACAGUGGCGGGGCCAACAGUGCCAGACAACAGACAGCGGCCACGGGAGCUGGGACGGGAGCUGCUACCACUCCGUUGCCCAAACUACCUGGCGUGGCUGGCAGUGUUGCGAAAAGCAAGUGAAGAUGAUGAUGAGUGGCGGGGUCGGUGACCAGGAAGGAACUGCAAACUCCCACGUAGCUCUAAUUAAUUUUUAAAGACCCUUUUUUUAGUUAUUCAUUAACGUUACCCGUUCGUUAUUUCGUUCUACUUCAAAACUCUCAACCAGAACCAAUUCCUCGCCCUAAUUACGGUGUGGCAUCGCGUGGUGGUCCAACCCAGCACCACCACCAUCCUGCCAACUCCUCCUGGUAUUAUUGGGGUUGGAUUGCCGCGACACCAGGAGAGAGACGCAUCCAUCCGAGUGUAAACUGCCCUCCGGUUGCUAGACACUCUGUACAUAGAAUACCUCCUUCAAUUAAGAUCAUAAAAUAUUGCUAAACAUAAAAAAUUGUACGCCGCGUAUCAGUGAUGUAUUUAUUAAAAAAAAAAAAAUAAAGGAUUAACUUUUAUGAUUAAGAGAUUAAGACAGCGAUUCAGAAUCGAUAUGCAGAUAUACGAAUAUAGAUACGUAUUUAAGAGAUUAAGUAUCCAUAAGAUAAAUGUAAAUACCAUACCAUUUUGUAUAAUCUUUUCACAAAAAAAAACCAGAACCAGAAAUCAACGAAAGAAAUAUAUAUAAAUUUUAAAUUAUGCCA